UGCUCGCUACACGGCUCUUGCCCCAAGAGUCUGUUCAAGGCUAUAAGGGACAUCUUUGUCUUUGCUGUGCGUGAGAGUGAGAGCGCGCGUGCGCGUGACGCGGAGCGCACGGCCCGCGUGCCGUCCCCUCUGCUGACAUCACCGCCCCCACUCAGCAGAGGAGACGGAGACUUUCGCCGCACGCACAGCGCCCAGCCGCCCCACAGCGCGCUGCAGGAUCGCACGUCUACCCUCCAGGUGCUGAACUCACCUGGUGACGUCACCAAGCGAGACCGCGUGCCGCCGAGCAUCUCUGUUGCCAUGGAAACCCCCGCCUCUGAGGGAGACCCGUCACCGCUGCGCGAGCCUGAUCUCCCGGUCGCCACGGCGACCGGACACGGGAGCCUCCACGAAGGGGAUUUCGCAUCCCCCCUGCCCUUGGGGGGCCCCGGCUCCUGGCAGGGCCCCCCAUCCUCCAUGGACCCCCAGGAGUCGUGGCAGCAGCUGAGUGAUGUGGGGGUGGAGCCGAGCGACCACUCAUCCUCCAACUCCGACAUCGUCCACGUGGAGACGGAGGAGCUCAGCGAUGGCACUGAGACAGAGGAGGCGGCCGUGUCGGCGCUGGGAGCGGCGGAGCUGGGGGCGACCCCGGGGUUGGCGCACACGCAGUGGAUGGAGACCGGGCAGAUCCCCUUCGGCAGCCUAGACCUGAGCAAGGACCUCAACAGACUCGCCCAGGUCCAGGAGAUGAUGAAGAGAAUCAACGUGGUCCCACUUCCGGAUGAUGAGCAGGAGGAGGAGGAGGAGGUUAAACCAGUGCCAGAGGUUAAGCCAGCACCAGAGGUUAAACCAGUGCCAGUUUUUAAGCCAGUACCUGAGGUUAAACCAGUGCCAGUGGCUAAGCCAAUUCCAGAAAUUAAACCAGUACCAGAGGUUAAGCCAGUUCCAGUGGUAAAGCCAGUACCAGAGGUUAAACCAGUUCCAGAAGUUAAACCUGUACCAGAGGUUAAGCCAGUACCUGAGGUUAAACCAAUCCCGGAAGUUAAACCAGCGCCAGUGGUUAAGCCAAUUCCAGAAAUUAAACCGGUACCAGAAGUUAAACCAGCGCCAGUGGCUAAGCCAAUUCCAGAAAUUAAACCAGUACCAGAGGUUAAGCCAGUUCCAGUGGUAAAGCCAGUACCAGAGGUUAAACCAGUUUCAGAAGUUAAACCUGUACCAGAGGUUAAACCAGUACCAGAAUUUAAACCUGUACCAGAGGUUAAGCCCAAGCCAGGGUUUGCACCUCUGUCCGAGUUUAAAUCUUCAGAAGCCGAGUUCUCUCUGGCAGCGGAGGAGGUGAAGCCUCGGCCGGCGGUGGAGCCGGUGCCAGGAUCCAGGCCGGAGCCUGGAGCCGGGCCGGAGCCUGGAGCCAGAGCCAAGGCGGAGAGCGCUGCGCCGUCGUCGCACGCGGCCGAGAGCAACCUCCUGCUGUACGGCGGCGCCGCCGUGGCCGCCGUGGCCGUCAUCGUGGGGCUCAUUCUCGCCGUGAGACGCGCGUUCGAGUGACCCCCGCGACCGGGACGCUCGCCGCCUGCGCUCGAACCCGCUGCCUCCGCCCAAAUGCCCGCCCGCCCGUUUUUGUCUCUCCCCCCCUCCAACGCACGCACGCGCUUUAAACACCAGCAUGGGGAGAAGGGGGACGGGGCGAGUGGUAUUAGUGCGGAAGACGAGAACCCUACCCCUAAUCUCCCAUUCACUCGCACCAGCCCCCUAUAGUCAACCCCCUAGCGCUCAAGCCUAACUCGCCAGCCCCUAGUCCGGCUCUCCACCUCACGCAAGCCAACUUGCGUGAGCCUGACCUUAGCCGCAAUAGCCAAUCACUCGCUCCGUCCCCACCGAGCUCUAACCGACCUAUCGAUCGCCCUUCAGCCGUUCCUCUCACUCUAACCCGACCCCUACAUCGCACUUGGGGACAGAACUCUCGUCGUCGUUUGUCUGCUUCACAGCGUGGGCGUUCACGGGCAAUAAACAUUGCCGCUGCUGCCAAUUCGAAACAAUUUGGAUGCUGACGAGCGCGGUGAGGGGCGAGUCUCUUUCCCACGACAUUCGAACAGCACAUCGAGUAUGGCAACGCCUGUCAGUGGCCAGAGACGUUCUUCUGGUCGGCACGUUGACAACCUGAUAAGGGCCUCUCACGGUUAUGCCGAUGCUCUUCUGGUGGCAGAGGAGCAAUGAGCCGAGUUGAUGGCACGCGUGGCGACUAAACACAAAACUGCGAACACCACGAGAGAGAUUCACCUCCCGAGUCACUGCGCGCGGCCGCGUCGCGUCGUGCCAACGCCGUGCGAACGUGAGCACCGAGGUGGUCACGUUGGGGCGAGGGUGGCGUCGGCGUCGAGGCUCGCGAUCGCCCGCAGCACCCCGCUCACUGGGGCGGGGGUACCCCACGUCUAACGGGGUCUCCCCGAGACUGCACAGUCUGCGGUUUCACCCCGACCCUGGGCGAGGGGGGAGCGGGGGUGUGCGAGGGCCCCCCCGGAGCAAACCCCACCGUGCGAUGCCGAGGGGCCAGAGUUCGCCCCGCGGCCCGAGCCGCUCGGCCCCGAUGCGGACUGCGCACGCCCAGGGCUGGGCCGAGAUAGACCCUGAACCAGGGAGGGGUACGGGGGGUGUCCUCGUUCAGCCCCGGGGUGGUAGGUGGGGGCAAGAACGAUCCGUGUAGGCGCUGCGGCCCAGCCCUACACCCAAGCUCAUCGUGGCCAGUGGGGGCCAUCACGGGCACGGCCUGGAGCAGCAGGGCGCACACCUGGUCGCGGGAAGGGUUACAGGUGUGAGUUAUGCACGGGGGAUCAACACCCCCCCUCCUCCCCUGCUAGCUAAACCCGAGCGGAUCUCCCCGCGCGUCCCCGAGCGUUGCUCAUCGUGCUGCCGUGGUGCGCUGAGCACAGGCACGCACACGCAUAUAUAGGUAUACACAGCUGUGUACGCAUACACAUAUACACACGUAGAUAUGUAUACACACGUAUACGCACAUAGAGAUGCACAUAUACACAGACACAAUAGAGGCGCAUGCACAUAAGUGAGAAAUACAUGCACACAGACGUCUACAUAUACACAGAUAUAUUCACAGGCACAUGGAUCAACGUAUACAUACACGUAUACACAUGAAGUACACGUGCGCAGUUGGGGUGGGCGAUAGCGGGUGGCGGGGGGGCUGGGAAUCCCCUCGCCCUCCCCCCUCAAUUCCUGCCCCCACCCCUGACCCUCCGACUGCCCUCGACUCUCGAGCGAUCUCCGCAUCCCAGGUCGCCUCCUCGCAUCUCGACCCCCACCCACGUUGUGCGGUCCCACUGGCUUCUCGCGGGUCUAGUUUUAAUAUUCUCAUGAUUUGUUUAGUUUUCUCUCAUUAUUCUGUGCAAGUUGUAUUCUCGUUCUGCUCUCGGCGUUAGAUCGUUAGGCGAAAACGCUUCCAGUAAACAGUGGCACACCGCUUCGUGUUCGAGAGAAGAGACCGCGGAAGGUGACUAAAGGUCACAGCGAGACAGACACGUGAUGCUGACAAGGAGAGAUACAGACACGGCGAGACAGACACGUGAUGCUGACAAGGAGAGAUACACGGCGAGACAGAGACACGUGAUGCUGACAAGGAGAGAGACACGGCGAGACAGACACGUGAUGCUGACAAGGAGAGAGACACGGCGAGACAGAGACACGUGAUGCUGACAAGGAGAGAGACACGGCUAGACAGAGACACGUGAUACUGACAAGGAGAGAUACACGGCGAGACAGAGACACGUGAUGCUGACAAGGAGAGAGACACGGCGAGACAGACACGUGAUGCUGACAAGGAGAGAGACACGGCGAGACAGAGACACGUGAUGCUGACAAGGAGAGAUACACGGCGAGACAGAGACACGUGAUGCUGACAAGGAGAGAGACACGGCGAGACAGAGACACAUGAUGCUGACAAGGAGAGAUACAGACAGCGAGACAGACACGUGAUGCUGACAAGGAGAGAUACACGGCGAGACAGAGACACGUGAUGCUGACAAGGAGAGAGACACGGCGAGACAGAGACACGUGAUGCUGACAAGGAGAGAGACACGGCGAGACAGAGACACGUGAUGCUGACAAGGAGAGAUAUACGGCGAGACAGAGACACGUGAUACUGACAAGGAGAGAUACAGACAGCGAGACAGACACGUGAUGCUGACAAAGAGAGAGACACGGCGAGACAGAGACAUGUGAUGCUGACAAGGAGAGAGAUACGGAAACGCAGAGACACGUGAUGCUGAUAAGGAGAGAUACGGGGAGAGACAAUGUGAGGGGGGUCCUCAAUAAACUGGGGGUGGGCCCCUUACGUAGGUAGAGACGGCACUGUGUGUAUGUGGGGGGGGGGCGGUGGCGCAGUGGUUAGCGCAAUGUGCUGCGAACAUGGCGACUUGAGUUCGAUUUCCGCUCACAGCCAAAUUCGGUGACGAAUAUCCGAACAUGUCCUGGGCCUCAAAAGGAGGUGGCCAUAUGUAAGUACCUGGUGCGGUGUGUGAACACCAGCACUGGGGAGACAAAGGCGGUCGGACGUGGCGCUGGCAACUCCUCCCCUCGUGGCGUCGUUGCGGCCCCUUAUAGGUGCUCGCUAACAGCACAGCCCUUGCCCCAACAGUCUGGUAAAGGCUAUGGGGGAGGGGGGGGGGUCUUUGUCUUUAGUAUGAGUGAAUAAGUGCAAGCAUAGCACAGUGGGCAGCACAGGUGGUCAUCUCGGUCAGUCAGCCCAUGCCACGCACCUGGCUGGGUCUCUCCCGUGACCUGCCAGCAGCGAGAGCCUUGCACACUGCACGUGAUAGCCUCAACGUGCACCUAUCCUGGCACAAGCGUUGUGGUAACGUAACCGCCACUUAGUGGGUAAAUGACGGCCGCUAUGUGUACACGGUGUGUGUGUUUGUGUGCUUGGUUGCACGCUCGGUGUGUGUGCUUGGUUGCACGCUCCGCUGUAAUAAAAUUGCUGCUCCCAACUC